CACGCCAACAGAAAAACAAAUCCCAAAAGUUUCACUUUUUCUUCAAUUCUUAUUUCAAUCUCUGGAAGCAACCAUUAAUUCCAAAACCAACGCAAUGUUUCGGCCGAAAUAUAUGUUUUCUCCUCCACCUUCCUCCGCCCCAUCUCCGUCGGUCCGGCUAGGCCACAAGAUCAGUAUCACCACGAUCCAUGUAAUGGCACUAGACGGGAUAGUCAACGUCAACUCACUCUUCACCUUCGCUAUAUUCCUUGGCCUUGCAUGGUACCCCAUCCCCACCCUCAUAGACCCCAGCUCCCCCGCCUCUUGCGCUGCUGGUUCCAACAUCGCUGAGAACCUCAUUUCAUGCCACGUCUACUCCUUCAGCUCUUUCCUCUUCUCCAGCUUAAUUGCAUUAGCCAUCAAACAAGCCAUAAAGAUAAGCAAAGACAGCAAUGACUUGGCAGCGCAUGGGGUUGGUGCCAGUCUUGUGGAUGUGAACUUGAUGGCAUUGAGGGUUGGGAUGUUGGUUUCGAGUUUCGGUUCGGUUUUGGGAUGUGGGUUUUUGAUGAUGGCUUUGGUGGCUCUGGUUCAGAUUAAGCUGGGGACUUUGGGUUGUGGGAGUAUCUACACUUUUGCUGCCAUUGGUCCUCUGGUAGUUUUGGUCCCUUCGGCUCUUGUUAUCUAUAUUUGUAUUGUUCUUUAUGCCUUUACUCGUUAGAAAAUAACGGGUAUAUUGUUUGAUUUAUCAAACAUUAUAGCUUUAAAUUUAAAUGAAAUUCACUUACUUCAAUUAUAUUCUAAACUAAAA